AUGGCUGGCACUACCAAUGAUACGAGCGUUACAAUACCAAAUGAGACAUACUCUCGGUUAAUGGGUUUCGUCUCCGGUAUGUUUUCUGGAUUUGCCAAAAAUGCCGUUGGCCAUCCAUUUGACACCAUCAAAGUCCGAUUGCAAACCUCUCAGGAGACAGGGCGCUUCAAGGGACCCCUGGAUUGUGUUUACCAGACGAUGAGGCAACAAGGCGUUCGAGGAUUUUACCUGGGUUUCACUCCUCCACUGGUGGGAUGGAUCAUGAUGGAUUCUGUAAUGCUGGGAUGCCUUCACAAUUACAGAAUGUUGUUGAAAAAAUAUGUCUACACCCAUGAAGAUAAACUGCCAUUAUCAGGGUGUAUAUUGAGUGGUGUUAUGGCGGGCUGGUCUGUCAGUUUUAUUGCCGCCCCGGUUGAAUUGGCCAAGGCCAAACUCCAGGUCCAAUAUGAUGCGACGACUACAAAAUACAAAGGGCCAGUCGACGUUAUUCGUAAAGUAUACGCCCUGGAUGGCAUCCGAGGGCUUUACAAGGGCUUGAUAAGUACCCUCAUUUUCAGAACUCACUUUGUGUAUUGGUGGGGGUCCUACGAGUUGCUGACUCGCUGGUUCAAGAAAAAUACCAAUAUGAGUGAUACCGCCAUUAAUUUCUGGGCUGGUGGGUUCAGUGCAUCUUUUGGUUUCUGGACUACCGCUUACCCCAGCGAUGUGAUCAAGCAAGUAGUGUUGUGCAGCGACCGAUACGACGGCAGUUUUAAAUCUUGGAGACUGGCGGCAUCCGACAUAUGGCGUGCUAAAGGUAUUCGUGGGUUUUUCAAAGGAUUUGUGCCAAGCUUUUUGAGAAGCUUCCCAGCCAAUGCCGCAGCGCUCGCUGCUUUCGAGUUUAUUUUGCGUGCUAGUGGAGCCAAAUGA